AUGUUUAUUGCUGAUCGGCCACUGCCAGCACCACCGGCUCCUCCAAAACCAAGAAAUUUAUCCCUUGCCGCUAAGCUACCUACUUAUCGACGUAGACCUACACCAUCAGGUUUGAAUAAUUCGAACGCAUUAAAUGUAGCUCGGACACUGUUUGAUGUUGCCAAGCAGCCUGCUACUGCUAAGAUCGCUACUGCAGUAAGUCAGGACCCGUCUGUACGCUCGGCUGUUGUUUCCGCUGGUAGGAAUGAGCAGGUUCGGUCUACUGCAAUUAAGGCGGCUCGCGAUGAAAAUGCUCGCCGGACUAUUGCUGAAAUGGCCAAGUUGUAUGAUGCUCAAAGUUCUAAGAAUGCAUCAAAUUCGUAUAGUUAUGGUACUUCGAACACGAAGGAUAUGGAAAAUUUUUUAUAUGGUACGAAGUCGCUUUAUUCGCCAAGUGACAGUGCUACCUAUGCUACGAAUACUAACAGAAAGUCACUGUAUCCGAAUUUAACUAGCAACAGCGGUAUCGAUGAAGAUUUUUCAAAAGUUUUUGCUUCUGAAGCAGCUAACAAGCAACAGUUUCGUGGUACUCGUUCUUCGGAGUUUGAAAACCUCUGUAACCAAUUGGCUUCAGCCAACUUGUUUGGCCCCCCCAUAAAAAAACAGCCUCCAAUUCGCCCUCCACCUCCGAAGGUUAAACAGCGAAGUUGCUCCACCAUUCCAUCUCCUAGCCCGACAAAUGAGCCUCAUGCAAUUGUUCGAUAUCCUUAUAAAGCGGCUCAUGUUGACGAACUGACCUGUGAGCCUGAUGACGUUGUUAUCCUGAAAAAAGAAGUUGACGACCAGUGGAUUUAUGCUUUAAAUACAAGGACUGGUGGAAGCGGCAUUGUCCCAAUUGUCUUCCUCAACAUAAAAGUUCCACUAGUCCCUACACAGAAAACAGAUUUCGUUAGUAACGCCAUUCCUUCUUAUUCGAGUCAACAGUGUUAUGUUCGAGCUCUUUACGAUUAUAAUUCCAGUAUAAGCGGCGACUUGCAGUUUGUGACUGGUGAUUUAAUUCGAGUGGUCGAGAGAGUUAAUGACGACUGGUUGCGAGGAGCAGUAGGGACAAAGGAGGGGAUAUUUCCUCUGAAUUUUGUUGAAAUUUAUAGUGGUGUCUUGCCCACAAUUGCGACCUCGUUGGGCAGUGAAGGGCGAAAGAGUUUUACUGGUGGUGCUUCAGUUCAGCAAAAAGUAGUAUUUCCCGGAUUCAGUCUCGUCACACCAACAGUUUCUUCGAAGGAAUUAGGAACAGCUGUUGCUACAUAUGAUUACAACAGUCAGGUUCCAGAGGAUUUGGUAUUUUCUGCAGGAGAUAUUAUUGAAAUUAUUGAAUGGGUGAACGAUGAGUGGUUUAGAGGACGGUUACGUGGUUCCGUUGGGCUUGUUCCUUGUACUUAUGUUUCUCAGAUGCCUGCACAGAAUCGUACAGGAGACUUGCUAUGA